AUUGUUUAUGAUCGCGAGUCGUGAUUUCUUGAACGUAAAUAAGUAAUGUACUUAUAUCGGACAUUAUCACAGUUAAUUCGUAAGCCCGUAUAUUUUUAUCAGUCAGUACGCUAUGAUAGUAUCAACGUUUACUUUCGCCGUUCACGCACUCAUGUCAUCGUUCAGAGUAUUGGCUCCAGUUGUCCAUCUGCUGGAGUACGCGCUGCCCAUGAGAAACAUGGCCUCUAAAGCGGUAAAAGGAAAAGUUAAUUUCAACACUAAGCAUUUGCGAAAAGGGGAUCCUAUGCCGCCUUUUACCGGCAAGUUGCGUGUGUACAACAUGCGUUACUGCCCGUACGCACAGCGCACCAUGCUGGCCCUUAUUGCGAAGGGUAUUGAUUACGAGGUCGUCAAUGUCAACCUGGUGGAUAAACCUGAGUGGUUCCUAGCCAGAAGCGCCUUCGGAAAAGUCCCAGCACUAGAGAUACGAGAUGGAGUAACUAUUUACGAGAGUCUGGUGACGGUGGAAUACUUGGACGAUGUGUAUCCGCAGCGACCUUUGUUACCCAAGGAUCCAAUCACGAAAGCUUACGACAAGAUCAUUAUUGAAGCAACUGGCCCAAUCCAUAAUUUAUUCUACAGGCUAAUAAGAACACCCGAAACAGUAACCAACGAACAUGUUGAGGCAUACCACAAAGCGUUAAAGUUCAUAGAAGAUCAAUUAAAGGAGCGUGGUGGCAAGUUCUUAGGUGGUUCGCAACCAGGGUACGCAGACUACAUGAUCUGGCCUUGGUUCGAGAGGAUCCAACUGAUAGACGUGGACGAUAGACUCAAAAUUGACACACAAAAAUUCAAAGUUUUGUCGGAGUACAUUGAUAACAUGUUCCAAGAUCCAGCAGUCAGUCAAUACGUUGUACCUAAAGAGAUCAUGAACCAAUUUUUCAUAUCUUACAAAAGUGGCGAUUUGUCAAAUAUAAACUAUGAGCUGAUGACUGAGGAAUAAGAAAAAAUACAUUUGUAAAUAAGUACCUAUGUAAUGAAUUGCUAAAUUUUGUAUCUUCUUUAUUUAAAAAAAUAAAUAAGUAUAUACUUACCAAAAUAUAUAUAAUUCUAGGAAUAACUUAAAAAUCUUGGGAUAAGUCGAUUUUACUCAACUGUUGUCCACUUCACGUUAUUUUCAGAUUUUUGCUUAUGGUAUCAUUGAUGACAUGUUUUAAGUUAAAUCGAUAGUGCUUUUUAAGUGGACAUUAUAUCUAAAUAUUUAAUAAAUUAUUUUUUUAAUCGUUUGUAAAUGUUUUACACGUUUAAAUUUAUAUCAAAUACCUAUAAUGAAAAUAAAAUCAUGUAAUGUACCUACUUAAAAUAAAUAAAUUUAAUGAAGUUGUACUACC